GUCUAUUCACCUCCAAUGUUGCUGUGUUCUCUACCUACGUCUCACCUUUCCCCAUUUCGUCUCACUUUCUGAUAGUAUUCAGACUCCCACCCUCGCUUCCCCACUUUCUUCGCUAUAUAUCUCGACUUUGUAUUCUUCAAAAAAAUCUCCUUUCCAAUCUUGCCUCCUCCAUCUCCAACUCAUCUGCUUCGAUCUCUCGAUCUUAGUAUUUUCAGUUCCGCUCCUUCUACAUCAACUCAAUCGAAACGUCUUCAAAUACAGAAGAAUCAAAACAACAAUGGCCACUCCAGCCGAAACAAGAAUACCUCAUGAUAUAGUCAUCGAUCCUGAAGGUGAUAUAUCGAUACAUCUCAUCAAGGAGGAGAUCACGAGACACCCUGUGACUGGUGAGAAGUCCACCAUCGAAACUACCAUCGCUCAUUACAAGGUCUCAAAGAAGGUUCUCAGUGAGAGUUCUCCAGUGUGGGAUGCCUCACUUCGGGGACAUUUCCGAGAGAGCAGAUCAUCCACCGUACCCGUCUAUUUUGGCACGUUGAAGAGUUUGGAACUUUGGUUUCGCAUCGUUCACAAUGUCAUGGUUGAUGAGAUGCAUGAUCUUCAAGUUGUGGACGUAUAUGAGGCCAUCGAAGUGUGUGGAAACCGCGAAUGGGAUAUCUCCAAGUUGAGUAAGUCGAGCUGGGCUAGAGAAUGGAUGAAUCGUCAGAAGUACAGGGAGUUGGAUCUUAAUGCGAUGAGUCGGCUCAUCUAUCUUGCCAAGGAGCUGGACUUUCCCAGGGAGUUCAUGUACAUGACCCAGAAAUUGGUGUAUGGAACAGCAGAUCACAUCAAAGAUAGAAACCCAACAAAGCACCAGCAUCUUCAUCUUGAUCACACUAUCAUUCAUGCACUCAACGGCGCCAAGGGUAAUCUUCGCUGUAAAAUCCUCAAAGGACUCUUCACGCCCGUCGGUGUGUUCCUUCAGCAGAGUUGCGAAUGCAAGAAAGAUUCUCUUUUCGAAUACUGCAAAGGCCUCUCGCAUACGGGAAUCUGGCCCUUGGAAAGUCAUAUGAAGAAUUCAGCCCAGGAAAUCCUCGAUACUUUCGAUGAAUUCGAGUGCGACAAGCCCGAGAAUGCGUGUUAUAAAUGUCUCUUCCGUCUGAGCGAUUCGUCGAUUGAAAGAACUGGUAAGCAGGUUCAAGAACAUUUUGAUGGUCUCUGUCUUGACUGUAUGAGCGUUUCUAAGCCAAAGGAUGGUAAGGAUGUCGAUGCUGCUUACUGGCAGCAUGAUACUCUAAAGCAGUAUAGCAAGGGAUGCAGAGUGCAACAUGAUCAGCCGACAUGGUAUUGGUCAUUUAUGGGCCGGAGAACUCAGAUGCAGGCACACCAGGUGGCAAGACAGAGAUAGAGAAUGAUUGGGGGGUCGGGUUUGGGUAACUGGAAUGGCGGUGGGAUAUCAUGAUGCGCGAGGGAUAUUUCAUGGCGGAUUAGAUAUCGGUCAUGAUGCGUGAGAACGUUUCGCCCGUUGAAGACGAUUAAGACGACGCACGAAAUUUUAACAGCGUUGGGUUUUAUAGUUUCUCUUCCCCUACUUUUUCAGAAGAUUGUGGAGAGCGAAUGGACUAUGAGUUGUUCUCUUAGCCUGGCUUUUAACAAAAUGAUUGCGCGUUUUUAAAUCAUACAAAUUAUAGAGGCACA